GAGAAGUCUAUGACUAGAUAAUUUUUUUCUUUAUCAUUAAAAAUUUUACUCUUACAUAUUGCAUUUGCUCUUUCCUACAUAUACAUUUAUUAACAAAAUAAAAUACAUAUUAAUUGAACUAUGUUCUGUUCUAGUUCACAAACAAUUUCAGCCCAUUGAUGUCUCCCCGAUAAUUUCAGGAGAAGAUGUCAGGAUCACGACUGAUCUUUGCUUUCAAAGAUGGUCUGAACUUUGCUUUCAACGAAGAAGACAUACCGCAAGGAGGGAUAAUUGAUUUUGACAUGAAAUUUGAGGAUAUUAAUAUAGAAUAUGAAAAUCCACUGAUGGGUACAGUUCAAGAGCAAGAAAAAGAGGGAUUGCCCUCACUGCUUAAAUUCAGUACCAGGAGUCUUUCUUCUUCAAAAGGGAAAGAAAUCGUGGAAGAACAAGAUCCAAUGGAAGGGCCAAGCCACCGUUUACCCUCCAUGGUAGUUACUACAGCAGGACAUUUGAUAGCUGCUAAUGAACAGAAAAUACCUUUCCCUUCGUUGCGAAGAACUCAACGAAGAAAUGCAGACAGAAAAAAACAGAGAGCUUUGGCCAAAGCCAGGAAGGAAAAAGAAAAGCUACUUGCAAUUCCAGAGGAAUACAUGUACAAUAUCAAUAUGAGAGAAUCUUCUGAUAGUUUACCGAUGACAGAAGAAGAAGUACAGUCGGUACAACAUCCAGAGCCAUCACCAGUAUGGUACCACUCUGAUUCCAGUUCAGUUUGUCCUACUUGUCAUUCCGCGACACUUGAACAAGAACAUCCUGCAGGAAUAUUUGUAGAAUGUCCACGUUGUAAUGUUCUACAUCUAGGACAGUACUGUGAUUAUAGUAAUUUCUCAUCAGCCAAUCAAUUGAUGAGAUAUGAUGAUCUGCCAAUUGACAAUGCAGUUACAACUCAGUAUUAUCCAUGGGAUCCUUCUUAUGCACCAAUUCAAGCUGAGGCGUAUAAUCCAGUAGAGAGGAUAUCACCACUAAUAUGGCAACCAAUCAUUGACAACCAGAUUAAUGAGGAAGUGCAUUAUCCGGCAUAUCCAAACAAUGUGGAACUUGCGAAGAUCCACAAUGUUAAAUAUAAUGUUUUUGAACAUUUUGAGAUGGUUAAUGGAGAAUAUGUUAAUAUUCUGGAAGGAUUGGAACUAUACACAGAGGUCUUCUCUCCCAUGGAACAACGAGAAGUGCUUGAUUGUGUGUCUGAUCUCCAAAUCAGAGGCAGAUCAGGAUUGCUAUUUGGAAAAACAUACUCAGAGCCUAAGAAAUGGAUGAGAGGCAAGGGUCGCAUCACAAUACAAUGCGGCUGUUGUUAUAAUUACAAAAUAGACCAACAAGGAAAUCUUCCGGGAAUCCUACAACAUGAACAGGUGGAACCAAUGCCACCCACAAUAAAAUGGAUGGUGACACGAUUGGUGCAAUGGAAUAUAAUUCCAUCAAGUUGUAUCCCCAAUAGUUGUAUAAUCAACAUUUACGAAGAAGGGGAUUGUAUUCCUCCACAUAUUGAUCAUCAUGACUUUCUUCGCCCGUUCUGUACAGUAUCCUUCAUAUCGGAGAGCAGCAUACUGUUUGGCACAGACAUAGAUAUAAUUGGUCCAGGUGAAUUCCGGGGAUCCGUUGAAGUUUCGUUACCAAGAGGAUCCGUCUUAAUUCUGAAAGGAAAUGGAGCUGACAUAGCCAAACACUGCAUUCCUGGAGUUCAACACCGUCGAGUGUCAAUAACUUUCAGAAGAAUGGAUGAUGAC